ACUGUCACUAUGCUAAACAUGGCGUCUUUCACUAAUAAGCUCGUGUGUCACCCUGAGUACAGCUGGAAGUGUGCUCUCAUUGGUCAGUAAUGGCACAUGGCGUCAGAGGGACGUGCGAUGUCCUGUACUCUGACUGGUCAGCAGCGGCGUUGGCGCGCGCUGUCGUGUCUCUGCGUAAGCUGAUAGGAUAAAAUAUUCACAUGACUCUUCGCCCAUUGGUGGAAAUUUAGAUAAAGCAGACAACAACUGCCGGCGCGCCAUAUUCAACGUUUUGUUUUCAGAGAUAUCUUUCCUGUAGCACUAAACUAUUUUUUCAGUUGUUAUUAUUUAAUUCUUUAGUUUAUUUUGGUUAUUGUGUUGUUAUAUUAAAAAUGGACUGUGUGGAUUUUCCAAGAGUUCUUCCAAAUUCACCGAGGAAAGCACGGGGACAGAUUCAGGUCAUCUUUGGACCGAUGUUUUCAGGCAAAAGUACUGAACUGAUGCGAAGAGUGCGCCGUUUCCAAAUAGCCCAGUACAACUGUCUGGUCAUCAAAUAUGCCAAGGACACACGUUAUUCUGACACAGGCAUGGCCACACAUGACAAAAACACAAUGGAAGCGAUUCCAGCCAAUUGUCUAGGAGACGUGCGGUCUAUGGCGUUGCAAGCCUGCGUCAUUGGAAUUGAUGAGGGACAGUUUUUUCCAGACACAGUGGAGUUUUGUGAGGAGAUGGCCAAUUUAGGGAAGACAGUCAUUGUUGCAGCCUUAGAUGGAACCUUCCAGAGAAAGCCAUUUGGAAACAUCCUGAACCUUGUCCCUCUAGCAGAGAGUGUUGUGAAGCUUCAUGCCGUCUGCAUGCAGUGUUACAAAGAAGCUGCCUACACCAAGAGGAUAGGAGCAGAGAAGGAGGUCGAAGUGAUCGGUGGGGCAGACAAGUAUCAAGCAGUGUGCAGAAAGUGUUACGGAGAUCUUAUGGUGGCAAAAGAGAACAGAGCUCCUUUCAGGAAUGAAACUCCACAACAGAUCCUCACAGGGAAACUCGUGGACUCUGGGAUUCCCAGGAAGCUUUUCUCCUCUCUCCACUUGUGAACACAAAAAUAAGACUUGCUUCAGAAGUUGAGCAGAGAGUAGAAAUCCAGGGAUCAUAUGAAUCUUGUCUUGUCUGGGUGUCCCUUAAGCCUUUCUGUAUGUAUCCAGUGUCGAAAUGGUUUUACUUGAUAUGGCAGUGCACUUGAUAAUAACCCUGAACAUUAGUUAACAAAUGAAUAAGUUACUUGAGGAUACUAGAAUUUACAACAUUAUCAGUUUGCACAGUCCUAUUAAAAUUGUUUUUAUUUUGUUUUUUUAAAUUAUUAACAAACUGCAUUGUCUUCCAUUAA